AUGGUGGGGCUGAAAACCUGUAUUGCUCUAGCAGUCUUUGUAAGCCUAGCCUUGGCCGACUUUGACGAAGAGCUGGCCAGCACUGAGUUUGUGGCCAUAGCCUUAGGUGCCGAUACUCCAUUUGUGGACAGUUGUGUCAAACAGGCUUUCUCCGAUGGAGUGGUAAGCUACCCCCUACACCCUAUUAUUAGACCGUUCACUUAAUUUUGCGCCCCUUGACACAAUAUCCAAAAAAAUUGUGUUUUAACAGUUUUAAAAAGUAGAAAUUGAGUGGCAGAUUUUUAAUGUAUUUUGCACUAAAAAUCUUCCACUCAACUUUCAUUUUUAAUAUUUCGUAAAAUGACCUAAAAAUGACUUUUUGACACUCUUUAGAAGUGGAAGUUUGGUGGAAGAUUUGUAAUGUAUUUUGCACUGAAAAUCUUCCACUCAACUUCCACUUUUAAAAGUUCUUAAAAACGUGUUUUUAGGUCAUCUUAAGACUUUUUAAAAAUGGAAGUUUGGUGUUGUACUACCCCAUACUCACUAUCUCAAACUCUACUCCCCCCCCUCCCCCCCCAAACUAUAUCUUUUACCUCCUAUAACCCUACCUGUACCUUAAACCCCACCUCUACUCAUACUUCAAACUCUACCUUUUAUCCCUGCCCCAAGUUCUACUCCUACCCCUACCUAAUCAAUAAUAUUGUGGUUGUAGAUAACCAAGCAAGCCUCGACUUACUGCGGAGUAGACCCAUUGGAAGGCCCGAUUUGCUACGCUUACACUGGGUAUUCUGAAAAAGCUAAUGUUGUUUUUGUCGGAUUUCGGUAAGUAAUAUUAAAUUUUUGAGGAUUUUUAGGCUUAAGCUCUUUUUAGGCUUAAAAAUAUUUUUAGGCUUAAGUUAUUUUUAGGCUUAAGUUAUUUUUAGGCUUAAGUUAUUUUUAGGCUUAAGUUAUUUUUAGGCUUAAGUUAUUUUUAGGCUUAAGUUAUUUUUAGGCUUAAGUUAUUUUUAGGCUUAAGUUAUUUUUAGGCUUAAGUUAAUUUUAGGCUUAAGUUACUUUUAGGCUUAAGUUAUUUUUAGGCUUAAGUUAAUUUUAGGCUUAAGUUACUUUUAGGCUUAAGUCAUUUUUAGGCUUAAGUUAAUUUUAGGUUUAAAAAUAUUUUAGGCUUAAGUCACUAUUAGGCUUAAACAUAUUUUUAGGCUUAAGCUAUUACUUUUAGGCUUAAAAUUAUUUUUAGGCUUAAGCUAUUACUUCUAGGCUUACAAAUAUUUUUAGGCUUAUAAAAUCACUUAAGCUUAUGAAUAUAAAAUAGGCUUAAAACUUCAAUUCCAGUGCCACCCUAAGCCCAGUCCAGCUAGUUUACGAGGUGCUGGACAGUGCCAUCUACCCCAUGUUACCAGCCAAAAUCGGUGGUAAAAUGAACCCCUACUUCGGGCGAGCUGCGGCCGAACUUCGUGCAGCUGGCAUCAACGACGAAAUGAUCCGCCUCUCCCAACUCUACUCCAACUACACCGUAUACGUGGCUGGAAUGUCAUUGGGCGGGGCGUUAUCGUCAGUCUACGCUGGUGAAGCCAUCGUCGUUGAUGGCAUCGAAGCCGAACGGAUCAAAUACGUCACCUUCGGCCAGCCUCGUACUGGCGAUGGUGCGUAUGCUGAAGCCCUGAAUCAGCUCCUUCCAGAAGCCUAUCGUGUUGUGGAUCGACAUGACCUGGUACCACAGAUACCAUGGACCGACUUUGAGCACGAGAACUACACACAUCACGGCGUGGAGGUGUGGUACCCACAACGUGCUCGAGUUGGUAAGGCUUAUCGUGUAUCGAACGUUACCGAAGACCCAGAAGGCCAGGAUUCGGUACCAAAGUUGGAGCUCACUGCUCUGGACCAUCUGUACUACUACUACAAUAUUGCUACGUAUGCUGGCUCUGGUUGUAUUCUGAAGUUUUAA